AUGUUGGUUUCACGUGUUUCAGACCAUGUUUCAGACCUUAUGAAGCUCGAUCUCCUGAACGAGAUCCGACUUAUGUUCGAGCUUGGUGGACAUCAGCAUGUCUUGGAGGUCAUUGCGUGCUGCACGGUCAAGUUCCCAUACUACAUGAUCACGGAGAUGUUGAAGUAUGGUGACUUGCUCCACUUCCUGAGGAAAUGUAAUAAGCCUAGACACAUUGAGAAGGACCCCAUUUAUGACAUUACAGAUCUUCAACGAUAUCAGAUUGCAAGACAAAUAGCCAGUGGAAUGGUCUUCAUCUCCUCUAAGCGGUUCUACCACGGUGACUUGGCGGCUCGGAACAUCUUGGUGGGUACUGACCUCAUGGUAAAGAUCUCGGACUUUGGUCUCAGCAGUGACAUCUAUCAAGUGGGUUAUCAAAGAUUGUCACCAGAGAGGAAACGUCCAAUCAAGUGGGCCAGCAUAGAAACCAACAUCGAGGGCAAAUGCACCAUCCAAAGUGACAUAUGGUCUUAUGGAAUCACGCUGUAUGAAAUUUUCACGAACGGUGAAAUGCCAUACAAAGACAUGCCAUCACGAGAGGUUUUGCGGCGAGUCCGGGACGGUUACCGGAUGGAAAAACCUGAAAACUGCCCAGAUGACGUGUACAAGAUGAUGUCAUUGUGCUGGCAUGAGAAGCCUAUUGGUCGUCCAGCGUUUAAGAAUCUCUUCAAUUUCUUUGACAAGAAGAUCGCAUCUAAAAGUACGUCGCCAUAUUUCGAAGUCGAGAAUGAAGCGCGACUUUCAGAGACAGAGGAAACAGCAGCCGCCUCCCAAACAAGACCAAAUAGCAGCACAAAUGAUCCCCUCUCCGGUGAGCCGGUGAAUAUGAAGGAUUGGGAAUUUGAACGUAAACCUGACACGAAGACACAAACAGACUUAAAUGGUGCAAAAGCCAAAAGACAAAAUAGCAGCACAAAUGAUUCCCUCUCAGGUGAGCCGGUGAAUAUGAAGGAUUGGGAAUUUGAACGUAAACCUGACACGAAGACACAAACAGACUUAAAUGGUGCAAAAGCCAAAAGACAAAAUAGCAAAACAAUUAAUGGAUCUACUGCCCUCUCCGGUGAGUGGGUGAAUAUGCAGGAUUGGAAAUUUGAACGUGAACCUAGCACAAGGACCCAGACAGACUGAAAUUAUGCAAAAAGACAAUAAUAGUCAAUUUAACCCGGAAGGAAUAAUUAUUGCAUACGAAAGAUCUUAUGAUUCUGACAUCACGGGAUAAUUCUAACGCUACAAAGUUAGUUUAUGAUUUUUAGGAUAGGCCUAUUUUUAUAUCCAUAGAAUAUUGUUAAUCUUUCUACGCAGGGUAAAUUUGCAAGCAAUAUAUUUAUAUUUGUAAAUGUUCAACCAUUAUCUAUGACACUUAUUUGAUGCUAUAUUUAUAUUCA